AGUGAGUAUCAAUCAGCGAGAAGUUAGGGGGACAGAAAGAGAAAAGGAAAGACGCGGAGUGGAAGGACGUAUAGACUCGCAAAGCGGCAGACCGCAUCAAAACUAUCAAUCCUCCCGGACUUCAUCUCUCACGCGCAGCCAGGAUGGCACAGUCUGCCUUCAAAAGUUUGACGCGGUGUUUCUAGUCACAGUUGGGAUUACUUUGGACACUUGGUGAGUUUGCGCCCCGAUUUAAACACUGACGUGUGCAUUUUUUAUUUUUUUUUUUACUGUUUUGCUUCACUGCGUUGGAAGGACAGAGUGGGUUUUUCGCCGCGUCUUCCCCCCUCCUCCCCACCUUUGGGUGGAUUUGAGAGAAAUGAGUGAGAGGAGGCGAUCUGCCGCCGCUCUGAGCUCUAGAGCCCACGCUUUUUCCGUGGAAGCCCUGAUCGGCUCCAACAAGAAGAGGAAGCUCCGGGGCUGGGAGGAGAAGGAGCUGGAGUUGUCCAUGGAGAGCCUCGCCACGGACGGAGAGGACCCGGCGCACUGUCUGGAUAUGGACCCGGACUCGGAGGCGAGUCCCAGCUCGGACGGAGAGGGUCUGGCCGAAAGGACGUCGUGCUCCUUCGGCUCACCUGCCGAACUGGCCCCCGUGCCCUGCGAACCGUCGCCCCCGGCAUCCAUGGAGGAGAUCCAGGUGGAGCUGCAGUGCGCAGACCUGUGGAAGCGCUUCCAUGACAUCGGCACGGAGAUGAUCAUCACCAAGGCGGGCAGGAGGAUGUUUCCAGCCAUGCGAGUGAAGAUAGCCGGUCUGGACCCUCAUCAGCAGUAUUACAUCGCCAUGGACAUCGUGCCGGUGGACAACAAGAGAUACAGGUAUGUGUACCACAGCUCCAAGUGGAUGGUAGCAGGAAACGCCGACUCCCCGGUGCCUCCGCGGGCCUACAUCCACCCAGACUCUCUGGCCUCAGGAGACACCUGGAUGAGGCAGGUGGUCAGUUUCGACAAGCUCAAACUCACCAACAACGAGUUGGACGAUCAGGGACACAUCAUCCUCCACUCCAUGCACAAGUAUCAGCCUCGUGUUCAUGUCAUCAGGAAGGACUUCAGCAGCGAACUGUCUCAAAACAAGCCAGUGCCCAGCGGGGAGGGAGUCAAGACCUUCAGCUUCCCUGAGACUGUCUUCACCACCGUCACUGCCUACCAGAACCAACAGAUUACCAGACUAAAGAUCGACCGCAACCCGUUUGCCAAAGGCUUCAGGGACUCUGGGAGAAACAGUGAGCUGUUCAUGGAUCCAUUAUCCCUCCCUUCAAGGACUGGCCUGGAGGCGAUCAUGGAGACCUAUGCUUUCUGGAGACCUCCUGUGAGGACCCUCACGUUUGAAGACUUCACCAACAUGCAGAAACAGCAAGGUGGAAGCACCGGCACCUCUCCGACCACCUCCAGCACAGGAACCCCCUCCCCCUCUGGUGCGGCUCACCUCCUGUCUCCCUCCUGCUCGCCUCCGACCUUCCACCUCGCCCCCAACACCUUUAAUGUGGGCUGCAGGGAAAGUCAGCUCUGCAACCUGGGCCUGUCCGAGUACCCAGCCUGCGCUCGCAGCAACAUGGCGGCCCUGCAGGGCUACGGCGGCCUGGCCGACAGUUCCUAUGGACGUCUCCAGGCUGCAGGGGGUGCUGUGGCCUCUGCUCAGCCCUCUGAGUCCUUCCUGCCACAGAGGACUUCCUCCUUGAUUGCUGCUGGCAUGCAGGGAAGCGCUCAUGCCUCCCUGACCGGCGGCGGGAGUGGCGGCGGCACUGGAGGCAAGAUGGAUGCCUACGGCGGUCAGCUCGGGUCCUUCCCGGCCUCGCAGCUUCAGUACGUGAUGCAGGCUGGAGGAAGCUCCGGUUCUGCCUCAUCGUCUUCAUCCGGAUCCUCCCCUUCCUCCGCCCACAUGUUCGGCGGGAGCCACCACCACGUGCAGCAGGGCUCCUACAACGCUUUCUCCCUGCACAACCCUUACAACCUGUACGGAUACAACUUCCCCACCUCUCCUCGCUUGGCUGCCAGCCCCGAGAAGCCCCAGGGAGGUUUGCUCUGCUCCUCGUCUCCAGCCGGGGCCUUCGCUGAGCGCCAGUACCUGUCCAACGGAAGCAUGGACACUAUGCACAUGAUCGGCAACACCACCGGUGGCCAGCAGGGCAGCAGCUCCUGCGACGGACGUCAAUAUGGCUCCUCCUCUCAGAUGUCCAUGCACAUGGUGUAGAAACUGGGAUUGAGCCUCACAGUCCUCCAUGUUUCUAAAGUCUUUCAGCUGAAAAGCAAAUCUCCCAACCCAGUUUGGUGUUGAUGUUGAACCGGUGUUUUUUUUUUUUUUUUAUGUACUGAAGUACAAAACAAACCUUUCAGAAAAGGACAUUAUUUGUUUUUAAAGACACUCUACCACAUACAAAGCAUUAUAGAGGGAGUCAAAACUAUUAUUUAAUUAUCUUUGUAUUAAUGAAGCGAAAAAAUUGGGACAGAAACCUGUCUCUCUUACUGUUUCUGACAGGAAAGAAACAACAAACUCGACAGAUUGUAAUAAGAAGGAGAGCUAGGAGCCCACCUGCUCAGCUUCAGAAGGGAUUACCAGUUGUGAAUCUGUUACGGUGCAAUAGUAGCAAUGCUCUUUUAAAGCGACUCAUUCUUGAUUUUUUUUGGGGGGGGACUUAAAUCCUAUGCAGUCAUGACAUCAUGUAACCAAAAGAAUCUUCACUGUGAUCCAGAAGUUUUGACUUCACGCAGCACUUGUGCCGAAUCAUUUUUAAAAUGUCAAGGGGUCAGUGGUCUGAAGUUUUGGCUGAAAUGAAAGGGACAACUGGACAAGAUCACUGAAUUACUCGCUGCUCCACAUACAGUACAUGCAGGAGAUGAAGGAUCUGGACGCUGUGGGGUGAAUACAACACGUCAAAGAACUACAGGUCGGGUUAUCUGAGGAACUGCAAACUCCCAGCAGGUGUGAGCAUUCAGGACUCCACCACACAAUUUCACCGUCAAACCGUUAUCCUCAUAGACUGGAAUGGCUUCACUAUUUUUGAGUGGAUUAUGUUUUUUUUAGCAUAUAUACAAGAUGGCGAAUGCAAUCAAUAACAUAAGCUUAAACGUUGUUGUGUGAAAAGUUAUAAAAGAAGCAAUAGCAAAACAGAAUAAUUAAAGUAUGUUUUGGUGUGUUGUAGAGAUGUGUAUUUAAGUGCUGAGCAGUAUAACAAUUUUACAGGCCAAUCUGUUAUAAACAUGUGUGAAAAAAGGGAAAUGGCAAAGAUAUUCUUUUUUUGAGACAUUUAAAAAAAAAAUGUAAAUACAGGUGCCAAGCACGUAAAAAGCUCAAUAAACGUUUUGAUUCAUGUA